GGAGCCAGAAGAUAAAACGACUAGGAUAGCAUUUGUUGUUGUCGCCGAGGCGUCACGUCAGUCAUCAACAUGUUGGACGUUAUCUACAGCAUCCCCUUUUUCGUGUUAGAAUUACCCAGAUUGAAGCUGAAGAAGCCGUCAUGGGUGGCUAUGCCGGCACCCAUGGUGGUGUUCGCCUUCAUCCUGCUGUCUUACUUCUUGGUGACGGGAGGUAUAAUCUACGACGUAAUUGUUGAACCUCCCAGUGUCGGCUCGACCACAGACGAACAUGGUCACUCAAGACCGGUUGCGUUCAUGGCAUAUCGGGUAAAUGGGCAGUACAUCAUGGAAGGGUUGGCAUCGUCCUUCAUGUUUGCCCUGGGUGGUAUUGGCUUCAUUGUCCUCGACCAGACUCACUCUCCCUCAACACCUAAGCUCAACCGCAUCCUCCUCAUCAUCAUUGGUUUUGCCUGCAUCAUCAUCGCAGCCAUUGCUUGUUAUGCAUUUAUGAAAAUCAAACUCCCAGGUUACCUGAUGAGCUGAAGAGUUUUCUGGUAUUUUCUGCUUUCCAGUAAAAUACCAACAUCAAGUCUUGGAGAAGUUCAUCCUUGACGUGGGUUUGUACCACAUCUAUGUACAAUGUUGUAAUGUCAGUAAAUUCGACAUUGUUACAGGAGAAUACUGUUCUAAAAUGCCUUCAUAGUAUUUUACUUUAUUUUGUUAUUGAUUUUGUUUCUCAUUAUUUUUGUAAAUCAUCAGAAUAUUGAAGAUUUGUUAUUUGGAAUCUGUUUGGGUUAAAAGAUGAUUUAUAUGUGUAAUAAAGUAGAUUAUCUUCCAA